AUGCUAGAAAAAAAUAGAGGCAUUGCACAGUUGGCAGCCGAAGCACCUCGCCUGGAUUUCACGUGCCUAUUCCAGGCGUUCAUCUCCAAUGGCCACUAUCCGGCGCCUUUCAAGGCGACCGAGGUGGUCAUAAUCCCCAAGCCUGGAAAGAAGGAGUACUCAGACCCAGGAACCUACCGACCGAUCUCGCUUCUAUCAUGCCUUGGGAAGGGAUUAGAAAGACUACUAGCGCGGAGAAUGGCGUGGACCGUAAUACAAAGCGGGAUCCUGGCGCCACAGCACUUUAAAGCCCUGCCGAAGCGACCCCCGACAGACCUCGUCGUGGCACUAAUCCUCGACAUCGAGCAGGCCCUAAACCAGGGUCUUGUGGCCACACUCGUCACUGCAAACGUGAAGAGAGCAUUCGACGCGGCUGAUGAAGGACCUCGGCCUCAAUCCCUGCCGCAAAAAACCCUUUUUGGAGAGAUUUUCGUCAGGUACAAACCGAGCGGCGACAACGGAUUGAUAACCAAGUAUCUCGCUCAAAAUGGGCAGAAGAUCACAAGGAUCAAAGACAGUCGAAAAGUAACACAGGGCGACGGAGUAGUAAAUGCAGAGGCAAAGGGGCACAUGAAGAAGGAAAAAAUUGUAAAUGACAAUUCCGAACAGCCUCACCAAGAUUAA